AUGGAUGCAAUAGACAAAUGUGAUGAUAGUGUUAAUUAUAAUUGCAAUAAGACCCCCUCUCAAUCGUCAACAUAUGUAGGGUCAAGUUCACAACAAGUACCUAUAAUUGAGCCUUCUAGAACUCCUACUAGUGGUAGUCAAGCUUUGAUCUCUCCUACUGGAAGUAAACCUCCAUUGUGUAGUUCAAGUACUAAAUGUCGUCGGAAAUUAACUUCAGAGGUUUGGAAUCAUUUUGAAAAGAAAAAUAUCAAUGGGGAAGAUGUGGCAAGUUGUAAUUAUUGUAAAGCUAUUCUUAAAACCAAUAGCAAGAAUGGAACAACCGCUUUGAAAAAUCACAUGAAUACUUGUGUAAGGAGAAAAAAUUCAAGCAUUGAACAAUGCUUUGAAAAGCAAAAGCAACUUGGCAUAGAUACACAAGCUGAUGGGAAGAAGUUUGUUGCUGGUCUUCAACCCUUGUAUAAGAUGGUUUCUCGCAAUACAGUUAAAGAGGACAUUCACAAGAUUUAUUGCUCAAAGAAAUCCAAGCUACAACAGAGGUUUGAGAAGUUAAAAAGUCGAAUAGCAAUCACGACGGAUAUGUCGACUUCAAAUCAAAAGAAAGGUUACAUGGCUGUCACUGCUCAUUAUAUUGACGAAUCUUGA